AUGACAUCAAAAAUCUUAAUUUUGAUCGUAAUUGCCGUGGCUGCCAGCGAGUAGCUCAAACUCCAGCCAUGCGAUACCAAGCUUAGUACACUCAAGGUGUUCCCUUCUACAGGCGAAACAUUAGAAUGGGAUUUGAAAGAUACCUUUUUCGAGGGAGCCUAUUUGACAUACAGUCUGAGUCCUUCUUAGUCAUUGUUUCAAAUUCAGAAACCAUUUGCUUAAUUGAGCAGUCCAAAGCCCCACUCUGAAACAAUCAACAGAGUCACAGCCUCUCGUGCUUUGACAGAGAAAGGACAAAGAGUGUGGAUGAAUCACUUUGUCUUCAUUGAGGUGGAAUUGGAUUCAAUAGAUUUAUUCUACUCAGAAGGGGCUCAAGGUGAUAAUACUAAUCCUCCUUAAUUCAAAUAGAAGAUCAGCGUCUCAACAGGAAGCUCAUACCUUUCAUGUUUGGGAGUGGACUAUUUGAGUAAAGACAAAUUCAUUUUGGAUUGUAUUGACAGUCAGAAAUUGCCAUUCACAAAUAAGUUUUUCGUCAUUGACAAGAAUGGAAACUCAAAAAUCCAUCAGAACGGAAAUUACAAUAAUUACAGAGUGAACACCAAGAGAAUUUCAUAGACAAUAGUGUUCACAAAUAAAUUAGGCCAUGAUCACACAUUCCUCUUUAGAUCAACACCUGCAUAUGCCACUCAAAGCACAGGAUUAGAUGUAUCAUCUCUUCUUGAAGUGUUCUACAUAGACAGCGAAGGCACGCCAAGAUUAUAAAGUGUUUUGGAUGCCCCAACUUUGGGAGUAAUCACAGAAGUAUCAAACCCAGAGAAGAUGAGCUUUUCUUUGAUCGACUUCAAAGUCUUCCCAAAUGGAUUGGUUUACAUCUUGACAGCCAGAGAUGGAGUCUACAUUUUAGAAUUCUUAGGAAAUGGGGAAUUCGGUUUCAUCGACAGAAUUGUCACAUCAAAGGACUAAGCAUAUGAAUUCGAUGUUGAUUACUUAUUACAAGAAGAUGGAACAGUCAAGGAAGUCAUCGCCAUCAUGUACAAUGAUUACAUUCAAAUUGUUGAAGGUAAGGUACCAGUAAAUACAUACAUUUUGGAAUUCACAGCAGCCUAUCCAGCUACCUUAGUUAUUUCAUAAUAAUUUUUGAUAAUCUAACAGAAGGGUGUCACAUACUUGUUCAGUACUGAACAUGAAGAUUUCAUCCACAAGGAAGUCAUUGAAGGAGCCAAGGGAUACAUCAUUAAUCCAUAUGAAACUGAAUUGAUUUCCAUCACUUAAGUAGAUUCAAGAAGAUAUUCACUUACACAUGGUCUAUUAAGAUUCCCAAGCACAUCAACAACAACAUCAUCUUUAUAAUCAUUUACUUUGGUAGCCACAGAUUCAUUUUCAACCUAAUGCAAGGUGACAAUAAACUUCAAAGUGUUCAAUGCCUUAGAUUAUACAGUCUAACCAACAGAGGAAUUGUAACUUCCAAGUCUUUUGUAUGAUAUUCCUGCACCAUUCAAUGUUGAUCCACUUGCCUCUGGACCAAAUCUGAAUUAUCUUUAGUUGUUAUCACAAAAGGAUGCCACAACAGUGACUGCCAAGAUUGUUCAAUUACAAGAGAUGCUUCUUGAAUCUAUUAGUUUACCAAAUCCAUCUUCAGUGAUUUAUUCUGAUGUAUUGGUAUUGGAUGCAAAGGAUGAACGUUAUGCUCUCCUCUUAUAAUCAACAAACAAGACUACAACAAUCUAUCAAUGUUACAUCAGAGACAAAUUCAAAGCCAGAUCAGAAUGCAAGCAAUAUUAAAAUUUCGACGUAUCAACCUAAUUAAAUAUGAACAACUUCAUUUGGUGGUAUUAAGGUUUCAACAUUUACCACCUUGUUUUGGACAACGAUUAUUCGGCUACCAUUAGAGUUAGUGGUAUUAAUGGAACCAGUGUUGUCGAUAGCAUUUCAUAUCCAGCUGAGACUCUUAAUAAAAUCACAGCUGUCACUGUCUUGAAAGAUAAAUUCUACUUUAUUUUGGGAAACAAAAAACAAAUCGAUAUACGAUCUACUUACAGUCCAUUUGAAUUGGAAUAUUCAGUAACUGAAGUCAUGCUCAGAUACAGAGGAUUCACAGGUUCAUGGAAUCCUUAAAGAAUCUUCGGAAACAGAGUCCACAAUUCUUACCUCCUCUUCAUAACCAACGACGAUAAUGUUAUUGUUGCUGAUUAUCAUGCUGAAUUCACAAUUGUCAAAGUAAUCACUCUAAGCAAAGGAUCAAUAGAUGUGGCAGUUGGAUUAGAGAGCUUUUUCAUUAUAUUAAAAUCAGCCACUCAAAAUCUGAUUCAAGAAUACGAUCUUUAGAAUUUGAAUUCCAUCCAUCUCAUGAAAACUGUGCCAUUGUACUGGUACACAAUCUAAACUCCACUUUAGACUGAUUUCUGUUCAGACACUGGUGUGCUCUUUGUUAGAGCUUAUGAUAGUAAGAGUGCUCAAACUGUUGUCUUAGUCUAUGGCCCAGGUAAGUUGUUAAGAGACUCCUUACUCAAAGCCAUUCCAUUGGGCAGUAAAAUAGCUGAUGGUACAUCCAUUAUGAUGUCAACAGCUGGAUCAAGUCAAAUGGUAUUCUAUGUUAACAGUGGUACCUUAUAAAAAGUAUAUUCCUAUUUCGACUAACCUGUUCUAACAAUCCAACCAAAUUAUGACUAAUCUACAUACUUUUCUGUCUACACUAUCAAAUUCCAAAUCAACAAUUACAAUGACAUCACACCCAUCACCUAUUAUUAAGUUAUCAACCUUAUCAAUACUCAAAUCACCAUAAGAAUUGAACAGAAUGUUCUUGAUUACAGACCCUUGAAUGCUACUCAAACUGAAUAAAACAUUGACCUUGUUUCCGAUUGGUUCGAUGGACAAGCUGUCUCCUUAGACAUUGAUUGCGACCAAUGUGAUUCUUAUGUCAAACCAAUUCAAACUGUCUAAUAAAUGGAUUCAGGUUCCUUCAAUGGAUAUCACAUCAUCGACGCUGCCCCAUACAAAGGAUAAAGAACUAUUUAUCUAGCCAACUAACAAACCCUCAGAGUCUUGAUUGCUGAUAGUGAAAACAAAGAAGAAACCAGUUACUCCAUCUCCCUUUCAACCACUUAAUCCCAUUCAUGCGAUCACAUUGUUGCCACUGAAGAUGGUGUCUACAUCUUUGCCACUUGUCAACUCAAUAACUAAAAGGUAUUCCACAUUGCUAAAUGCUCAACUACUGGAUAACUUGAAUGCCAUCAAUUCGGAACCAUCCAAACCAUCGAUGGAAUCUUCACUGUUGCCUAACUCGCUAUCAGUGGAAAUUACGUCUUCGUUUUGAAUUCUAAUCCUCAAAGACCCAGAAACUAUGAAGGAACACUCAAUGUUUACAAAUGGACUGCUAGUUCCCAAUAAGUCACAUUCGAUUUACAACAAAUAUUUGACAAAGCCUUCUUUGGAAAUCAAUCCAGUUAUUUCAGCAGUUUCUACAUUGCUCCCUUCAAAGUUGGAAUUACAAAUUACCUCAAAGUCCUUAUUGUUGAUGCCAAGUAAAACUUAUAUUCAGUUGAUGCCUCUAUAAGCACUUUCGGAGUUAUCACAUGGUAAACCAAGUACACUUCAUUGAAUCUUUACACAUUCAUCAACCAAGGUCAAUUUGUUUCAUCAUCCAGCUCAUUCUACUAAGUCUUGGAAUUGUCAGCUCCCGUAUACUCAUCAACAGAACAAUCUCUCAAACUCAGAGUCCUCGUCACAACUGACACCUCAGCUCAUUAUGGUAUUCUAUUGACCUUCGAUGCCAAAUCAGUUUCUACUGGUCUCCCCUUGACUUACCAAAAUGUGAUCUAUCUCCUAAAUCAAUAUUCCACUUGGACCGCAUUGAAUAAGGCCACAGUCGGUAAUGAUUAUGCUAUCAUUGCAUAUACUGAUAACAGUUAAUUAUUGUUAGCAUCCUAUUUGUUACCAAAAGAACCAAUCCUAGGAGUACCUUUGAUUAAAUUAGUCGGAGGAACCCAAUCCAAAUAUGGAUAUCCUCAAGUUAACGAUUUCUUAGCCUAUAUUCCCAAGAACAUUGGUUUCCCAAGACUCUAUGCUAACAUCAUCAGAAAUGUUGACAUCAAUGAGAACUUGUUACAAACAUAUUAUUUGAAUCCAACUUAUCAACUUUAUGUCUAUAACGUUGGUGGUGAUUUAAAUCAAUAAUUUGUUUCACUUACCCUCGUUAAUGCUUUCACUUAAGACACAGGCUUAGUAUUGCUUAGACAAUUUAAAGCUGAAGAAAUUGAGGAAGAGAAGUCAUUUUUGGACAAUGUUCUAGAUGUGUUUUGGUGAAAAACCCAUUGAGUUAUUAAUAAAUCAAAUAAAUAAUUUGCAAAUUAAUUAUAUA